CGACCCUUAUAAAGCGCGGGGUCCGCGGGGCCUGAGGCCCAGCUCCGCCAUUGUCUGCGUCGCCAGCAUGCCACCCUACACCAUCGUCUACUUCCCCGUUCGAGGGCGCUGUGAGGCCAUGCGCAUGCUGCUGGCUGACCAGGGCCAGAGCUGGAAGGAGGAGGUGGUGACCAAGGAGACUUGGAUGCAGGGACAGCUCAAGGCCUCUUGUCUGUACGGGCAGCUCCCCAAAUUCCAGGACGGGGACCUCAGCCUGUACCAGUCCAACGCCAUCCUGCGGCACCUGGGCCGCUCCCUGGGCCUCUACGGGAAGGACCCUCGGGAGGCGGCGCUGGUGGACGUGGUGAAUGACGGCGUGGAGGACCUGCGCUGUAAAUACGGCUCCCUCAUCUAUACCAACUACGAGGCUGGCAAGGAAGAUUACCUGAAGGCACUGCCUGGGCACCUGAAGCCCUUUGAGACCCUGCUGUCCCAGAACAAAGGGGGCCAAGCCUUUAUCGUGGGCGACCAGAUCUCCUUUGCCGACUACAACCUGCUGGACCUGCUGCUGAUCCACCAAGUGCUGGCUCCCAGCUGCCUGGACGCCUUCCCCCUGCUCUCCGCCUACGUGGCACGGCUCAGCGCACGGCCCAAGCUCAAGGCCUUCCUGGCCUCCCCGGAGCACGCCAACCUCCCCAUCAACGGCAACGGGAAACAGUGAGGGCCGUGGGAGCCUUGGGUGGCCGUGGGGGCCACCUGCCUGCCUUUCCUGGCCCACCACCAGCCAGUGCUGUCAAGACACUUCCCCUUCGAAGGGACCCCCGUCCAAGAGGGCAGAACUGCUCCCGGGUUUCUCAGGCUGUCAAUCUUUAUGGAAACCCGACUGCCCCAUCUUUCUCCCUUUGGGGAGCUGGUGGGUUUGAACCGCUGAGUUUUCAGGUUAGCACCUGAGUGUGUAACCUGCGGUGCCCCCGGGCUCCUUCUCCUCCCUUUCCUGGAGCAAUAAAAGUUGUCUGAGAA